UUUCGCUGCGUCGAAAGUCUCCUCCCCGCAACCGCUACAUUCAGCGAUCCGAACCCAGUCUCUGUUGGACCGCUCUUUAACUUGAUCUCACGAACCUGCCAGUACCUCGUUGGGUACCGAGAGAUAGUUUGGAUCGGCCCCGUCACGGAUUGAGUACGAUUUGGCGCGGAUGGCGACUCCUUCUGCGAGAAUUUAGUAAAAGAAAAGUGCUCGGAAAUUUCAGAUGCAGUGGUAUCCCUGAUCUCAGCAUCCUGGAAGUGGAAAGUACAGAAGAGCCUGGUCCUACACCACAUACAGGUGCAGUGUGUAGCAGAGGCAGUCUAAAAGAAGAAAGAUUAGGAGAGGAGGUGGUGCAGCAACGCACCCCUCCGGCUGUGGCUCUGCUGGGUGGCAUCCCUGCGGCUGCGCAGAAUGUGGCCGGGCCACCCCAGCAUGCCCUGCAGCCGGUCGCAGCUGCCCCUCUACCACCACCACUGGUUGGCCCUGCAAUUGAGCUGGAGCAGCAGAAAGGAGACGCAAAGGCUGCAAGUAAAGAGCAGAGCACCACAGUGGUUUGGAAAAGCUGCAACACCAAGGAGUCUGAGGAAAAAACAGCCUUGGAUUUCAAUACUGAGACUGUCCAAAGACAACUGGGGUCAGCUGCUAUUGGAGACUCUCAGGAUCUCUCCCACAGACUUUCAGUUUGUGAGACAGACCAUAUUAGAAAGGAGCAGGAUUUACAUUACGGGUGUAACACUGAAAAAGCAAGUCUUGCACACAGGGAGAGAGACAUGGCUGAGGGCGCUGACAUGGGCCACUGCCAGAACCAGACUUCUAACACAGAAUUUACUGGAGAUGUCGCUGUUGAGAUGGAAAUGGAACCCCUGGCUUCAGAGAAAGCGUGUCUGGAAUUCAAGUCAAACACUGAUCCAGAGGCGCUUCCUGAAGCACUGCACACAGCCGGAGAGAUUACCCAUCUCUCCCCUUCUCUGUACGACUCUUCAGUCUGCUCUGAAGCAACGGACAGAGACCAGAAGCAACCUGGAUAUUUGGAGCAGUCCCAAAAUGCACCUCUUAAAGCAACAAUCACAGCCACAUCCUCUGAGCCUACUAACACCAAGAAUACCAUGCAGGACCACACAAAAGAGAACAGCAUUGGUUCAGGUACAAAACCAGGAGAGAAAGUGGGGCCAGACUACAGUGAGUUCCACUCAAACUCAGCAGGUUUGCCUGCAAAGCAAGAGGAGCCUCUGUCUAAAAGGUCUGCUCCCAGAGACAAUGGAAAUGGCACUCCAAAUGACACUGAUGAGGGUGACGGAUACCUCCCUAAAUGCCUCCAACCACCUCCCCUUGCUGCAGUGGAGGCUGAUUUGGCCUCUGUUGCACAAAGAACUGUCCCUAAUGUUACCUUCUCUCACAAUACACCUGUUCCCGUUAAGGAGCCUUUGAAUGCACAGGCUAUGAAAGAGACCCAGCUGAGCCCUGACUAUGUGAAUUGCAGUGGAACCCCUAUACCUGUUUUACAGGAAAACAUGACUGGUGAAAGUGGGGAGCAGGGGAGUAAGAAUCAAGGAUCUGUAGAUGGAGACCUGUUUGGCAGUGUGGCUGUUACAGACAUACUUUAUGAUAUUUCUGUUGAAGUACCAAAGGUGCCGGGGGAUGGAACGUGCCCUCAUAAUGUAGAGUCCCCCAAAGUGACUGAAGGGUCCCAAGCAGUGCUCUGUGGCUCUGCAGAUUUGAUUGUUAAACAGAAUGACUGUGCCAACAGCAUACAAGUGACUGUGUACCCAGAUCGCCAACCUGACGAAAGUAGUCUCUUGCAGAAGUGUACAACUUCAGAAGGACUAGACUCGGAUCAGCCAUGUCUUUCCCAAACCAGCAGUGACUGUUUGAUCCAACACGGACAAGACUCCAUUCCAACAGAUCAUAAACUCUCACAGAUAAUAUGUGUUAAUGAUGGCUUUUCGAUCCCAGGUAACCUAAAUGUGGAUGACAAGCAGACUGAGGAUUCAGAGGAGCUCUCUGGAUUAAGUGCUGUUGAAGUGAAAAAUUUCAUUGACGUAGGUAUUCUGAUGCAGCCAGGUAUGGAGGACACAUGGUUGGUAGUAAGCGAGUCUUCACCUCUGAUAGAUGGGCAGUGUGAGAGCACUGAGGAUGCUGAGAUGAUUGAUGUUAGCACGGAGGCUGUAAUGCAUUGUCCUGAAUCUCAGUCAUCUGUUACUGUCUAUGAGUGCACGAUGCCCUGUUUUCCCUCAGAUUCUAUUCAUGAAGAUGUUAAGCUACUGUUAACAGACAAAGUAGAUGGAGACCAUGCAGAUAAACAUUCUUUUGAACCUUUAACAGAAACCUUGUCGAGGGAGCUUGAUGCUCUGUCCUCUUAUCCAGAAAGUGUUUUGGCUUCACAAAUUGUCUCAUCCUGUACAUCAACUGUAACCCCUAUGGAAAAAUUAAGUGAUGUGUCCACCCCUCAAAGCUGCAUGCAAAAUGUGUUUCCAAAGCCCACUGUCUGCUCCAGUGUUGCGAGCACCUUAACUUUGUCAGACCUUAGCUUAAUCAACACAACUUCCUCUGUGCAAGAGGAAAAUGUGGAAUUAACAGAAAACAAACCAGACGUGUCUCAUAUUUCACUUUCAUCUGGUGUUAUUGAUCCAAAGCUGCUCAUUUUAAAGAGAGGUGAGACUCCUCUUCUCAAACAUCCUCCGUCUAUGUUAGCUAAGAUUUCCAGAAACCAGGACUCGGCUGUCCAGUCUAGCACCCCCAAUGAUGGUUUAGACACAGUUUCUGUAGAGUGCCUUUUUGAAAAUGACUCUGCUGUGGACCCUAUGUAUGAAGACACAGCAGGUCCAUCUGAAAAGGAAGCUCUGGCUUCUUCCAGCUUUUCUUCCACAAGCAUUGCCCCUAAUGUUAGUUGUCUAUCUACAAAAGAUGACUCUGAAAAGAAGACUGCUGAAAAUGAAUCUCAGUGCUCCCCAGGGCUUGAAACUCAGACUCCCCAACAUGAGCCUCUCUCAAAGGAUGCUUCGUCUGCCCCAGCACAAACUAGUGCAUGGAGCAGUGUGUGCAGUGCCAUCUCUGAGCGGAACCAGUCUAAACAAUCUUCUGCCAACCAACCAUGCCAGGAUUCCAUGUCACUGGGUGGUGAGUUGGAAGUGGAAGAACAGCACUCACCAGUUCAACAUUUGGCAGAAACAAAAGAUGCUGAGAACACCACACAGGGGCAACUUGAUGCUACUAUAGAGGAGAGCAGUGAUGGAGAUGCAGACAGUUCUAUGGAAGCUCAGACAGAUGAUAGCAUCCAUGUUUCCUCUUCAGCACAGAAUAAGCGUGGACAGAGCAGGACAGACAGACAGACCUUUUUAUUGAAGGUUCGUCAGUGGAUCGCUGGCAGGGCCACUGCGGGUUCUACACCCUGCACCUCUCGUACACCAUCACCACCUCCUGCUUCCUCAUCAGGUGACUGGAACCAACUUCAAUCAGACAGAGCUGCACCUCUGUGUGGUUCUCAUGGCAAACAAACAUCAUCCCAAGCCUCUGGUGGAGCCUCUCAGUCAGAUCAAAUGCUCUCCCAGCGACCUCGCUCAGACAAGCACGCUGACAUGGCAGAGCUGGCAAAGCAUGAAGCAGAUAUUGAACAUCGGACACUUGCCCUGAAACGGGAAGGAUUCUGGUCCCUAAAACGGUUGUCUCGUGUGACCGAGCCUGUCCGACCCAAAGUGCAUUGGGACUACCUCUGUGAGGAGAUGCAGUGGCUUUCUGCUGACUUUGCACAGGAGAGGCGUUGGAAAAGAGGUGUAGCUAGAAAAGUGGUGCGGAUGGUAAUGCGACACCAUGAGGAGCUAAGACAGAAAGAGGAAAGAGCAAAGCGUGAAGAGCAGGCCAAACUGAGAAGAGUUGCUGCAUCCAUUGCUAAGGAGGUCCGCACUUUCUGGAGCAGUGUUGAGAAGGUGGUGCAGUAUAAACAGCAGUCUCGCUUGGAGGAGAAGCGUAAGAAGGCACUUGAUCUCCAGUUGGACUUCAUUGUUGGACAAACGGAGCGCUACUCUGACCUGCUUAGUCAAUCCCUUCAUGCCACUCCUACGGCCAGCACCAGUGUUCCGCUCCGUAACUCACAGAUAAAUGCUACAGAUGAGGAUGAUAGAGACUUUGAGCCUCCAUGUGAGGAGGAAGAUGAUGAAGAGACAAUUGAGGUGGAGGAGCAACAAGAAGGAAAUGAUGCAGAGACUCAGAGAAGAGAAAUUGAGUUACUGAGGCAGGAAGGCACACUUCCCCUGGACCAGCUGCUCAGCACCUUCACUCUCCCGCAGGGAUCACCAUCAGAAGAGGUCUCGGAAAAUUCUUCCUUAGCAGUUGAAGAUGAGGACAAAGAGUUCUCAGCCAAUGAGGAAGAUGCGGAAGAUGUGGAGGACACCAUCGAAGCCCAGGAGAAAGUUGAAGGAGAUGGAGAUCAUGAAGAGGAACUUGAUGACUUGGCCAGAGAGGGAGAGAUGAGUAUGGAGGAACUGCUGGAGAAGUAUAGGGGAGCAUAUGCCUCUGACUUUGAAGAACCCUCAGCGUCGCCAGAGUCCUCAGAUGAAUCUGAGGGCACUGAGGAAGAAGAAGAGGAAGAAACUGAAGGGGAUGAUAGUGGGGAUGAGAGUGGCACCUCCUCAGAUUCAGCUGCAGCUGAAGAUAGUGAUGAAGAGGAGGAUGCUAAAGCACAGGAGAGUGAUAAAGAUGAGGAAGAGGAUGAUGGAGGAGAGGGAAUGGAGAUUUUACUGAGGGAAGGAGAUCACAGCCCCACAAUUUCUGCAGCUCCACGCCCUAAGAAGGAGAUCAGUCAUAUUGCUGCUACUGCUGAGAGCCUUCAACCUAAAGGGUAUACCCUGGCCACAACAAAGGUGAAAACUCCUAUUCCGUUCUUACUUCAUGGAAACUUGCGUGAGUACCAGCACAUCGGACUGGAUUGGUUGGUCACCAUGUAUGAAAAGAAACUUAAUGGUAUACUGGCAGAUGAAAUGGGACUUGGUAAAACUAUUCAGACCAUUGCUUUGUUGGCCCAUCUGGCAUGUGAAAAGGGUAACUGGGGGCCUCAUCUAAUCAUAGUGCCCACCAGUGUGAUGCUGAACUGGGAGAUGGAAUUGAAGCGCUGGUGUCCUGGCUUCAAAAUCCUUACUUACUAUGGAAGCCAGAAGGAGCGUAAACUGAAGAGACAGGGCUGGACCAAACCCAAUGCUUUCCAUGUGUGCAUUACUUCAUAUAAGCUAGUUUUGCAAGAUCAUCAGGCCUUUAGACGCAAGUCUUGGAGGUACUUGAUUCUGGACGAAGCCCAGAACAUCAAAAACUUCAAGUCCCAGCGCUGGCAGAGUCUCCUAAACUUCAACAGUCACCGACGUCUGCUGCUCACUGGCACACCCCUGCAGAACAGUCUGAUGGAGCUGUGGUCACUCAUGCACUUCCUCAUGCCACAUGUCUUCCAGUCCCAUCGUGAGUUCAAAGAGUGGUUCUCUAACCCGCUGACUGGAAUGAUAGAAGGCAGUCAGGAGUAUAACGAGGGUCUUGUCAAAAGACUGCACAAGGUGUUGAGGCCAUUCCUGCUGCGCCGUAUCAAAGUGGAUGUGGAGAAACAAAUGCCGAAGAAGUAUGAGCAUGUUGUGCGUUGCCGCCUCUCUAAAAGACAGCGCUUCCUCUAUGACGACUUCAUGGCACAGGCCUCUACAAGGGAGACUCUGGCCAGUGGCCACUUCAUGUCUGUGAUCAACAUCUUGAUGCAGCUGCGUAAAGUGUGUAACCACCCUAACCUGUUUGACCCACGACCCAUCCAUUCCCCCUUCAUCACUGAGCCCAUUAUCUUCUCCACUGCCUCUCUUGUCACGAACGCCUUAGAGAUUUCCCCUUUUCAGCGUUGUGAUCUCUCAAUGUUUGACCUGGUUGGUCUUGAGAGACGAGUGACACGACACCAAGCAGACGUUUACCUUCCUCGCCGAAAAGUGACUCACCAGCUGAUUCAGGAGAUAAUUGAGUCGCCUGAACCUCCACCUAGACCCAAACCUGUUCGCAUGAAAGUGAACAGAAUGUUCCAGCCACUUCCCAAGUCUGAAGGGCGUUCAUCAGCAGCCACCACAAACAACCCAAGGCCUAUGUGUCCUGUUUCUCCUGCUGUCCAACCUCCAAGGCCCCCUCUUAUAACAGAAGUCACUCCUACUCAGCCUCCUGUACAGCCAGCACCACAAGUUUGUCCUGUCACUGUAGUUAGUGCUCCACGAGCUCCAGUGGGUCCAAGCACUUCUUCCACUGGAGCUGCAGUCAGGCCCAGUGCUCCACACCCAGUCAUGGCUGUUCGGCCCCCAGCACCUCCCAGCACUCAAAUGGUACCUGCCUCCCCGCAGGCCUCUACCAAUGUCAUGACACAGAGGGUUCUUCUAAGCCCUGAUAUGCAGGCUAGAUUACCAUCUGGAGAGGUGGUCAGCAUUGCUCAGCUGGCUUCUCUAGCUGGUCGUCCAGUUUCAUCCAGUCAGGGCAGUAAACCAGUCACGUUUCAGCUACAGGGCAACAAACUAACUCUCUCUGGUGCCCCGCUACACCAAGUGCCUGUACCCCAGCCUCGCCCCAUUCAAGGAAAUGUAAUGCAUCUGGUUUCCAGCGGUGGGCAGCACCACCUUAUUAGUCAGCCAGCUCAGGUGGCAGUCCUCCAUACAGUUAGUCAGACAGGUAGCAGCUCAGCCAAUCCCAGCCCAGGCAACACAACCCAAGCCUGCUCUGGACUAGCUGUUCCCCUCACUGCUGCUCAAGUACCGUCAACAAUGGUAAGCGGACCAGGAAUUGUUAAGAUUGUUGUACGCCAGGCAGCAGGCAAAGACAGUGGGCAGGUUCCCACUCUGGCUGUGCCCCCCUCCCCUCGUGUUGCCCCUCCUCAGUCGGUCUUGCUGCACCCACACGGUACCCCAAGCCCUGUUCUCCGACCACCUACUCCUCAGCAACCUCCCCAUCGGCCUCCUGUUUAUGCUGCUCCGCCUCGCGCUCCUACCUCUGGCCCUAGCCAACCUCCACCUACCUGCCCUGUGCUCAAGGUGGUACAGGGAUCAGCACCAAGUGCAGGGCUAGCUAAGGUGAAUGCUUCAUUAGGGCGGGAAGAGAGCAGUAGUGAUGUAUCCCAACAAAUGGGCAAUCCUAAACCUGCAUCACAACAAACUCAGAGCAACACAUUUGCACUUCAGCGUCCGAGAGUUCAGCCUCCACCUCCACCACGUUCCCCAUUCUACUUGUCCUGGCUUGCAGAACGCCGUAAAGCCCAGAGAGACACUCGAAUCUCUCAAAUUAUCCAAGUCAAUGAAGUGCACUGCAAUGCCAAGCCGGUGUAUGGAAAAGAGGUUCUGGACUUCCUCACCUUCCUCCCAGGCCCAAGACCCACUCCAGCUCGCCCUGUAAUCAACAGUUGGAGCCACUCUGGAUACAGGUCUUGUCUUAUGGCUCAGUCAAAGAGUGUUUGUGACCACAUGGACCAGUGCAGAACUGUACAAGAAUCCAUUCAUAACUCUGAAGAGAGGCUUCAGUUGCUUUCUGAAGUCAUAGAGAGGUUUACAUUUGUCAUUCCUCCAGUGGAGGCAAAGCCCAUCACCAUGCACUGCUGCCAUCCUCCUCCCUCCCACAGCCACCAGCAGGCUCUUUUCUCCUCUAUGCUGUCUGCCCAUGUUUCGCCUCUAUUGCACGUGCUGCACCGUGUCCAAUGCAAUAUGAGGACCCACUUUCCUGACCUGAGACUUAUCCAGUAUGACUGUGGUAAAUUGCAGACUCUUCACCUCCUGCUGCGAAAACUGAAGACUGGAGGUCAUAGAGUGCUCAUAUUUACACAGAUGACCCGCAUGCUUGAUGUGCUAGAACAGUUCCUCAACUACCAUGGGCACAUUUACUUACGACUGGAUGGCAGCACACGAGUGGAACAGAGACAGGCCCUGAUGGAGCGCUUUAAUGCAGACCGCCGCAUAUUCUGUUUCAUCCUAUCCACCCGUAGUGGUGGUGUGGGGGUGAACCUUACAGGGGCUGAUACAGUAGUAUUCUACGAUAGUGACUGGAACCCCACUAUGGAUGCCCAAGCUCAAGAUCGCUGCCAUCGUAUUGGGCAAACUAGAGAUGUUCACAUCUACAGGUUGAUAAGUGAACGCACUGUGGAGGAAAAUAUCCUGAAAAAAGCUAAUCAGAAGAGGAUGUUGGGAGAUAUGGCUAUUGAAGGGGGAAACUUCACCACUGCUUUUUUUAAACAGCAAACUAUCAGAGAGCUGUUUGAUGUGACUGAGGGGGAGAAGAAGGAGACAGAAUCUACUGUUCUUCCCUCAGAUGAUGAAGAGGCCGUCAAUAAGCAGCAAACCAACAUUUUAGAGCAGGCCUUAUGUCGUGCUGAGGAUGAAGAGGACAUAGUAGCGGCUUCCCAAGCCAAAGCUGAACAGGUAGCUGAACUAGCAGAAUUUAAUGAAAAUAUUCCACUUGAUGAUGGUGAAAGCAGAGACCAGGAAGAGGAGGAACUUUCCAAAGCUGAACAGGAAAUUGCAGCCUUAGUUGAACAGCUCACCCCUAUUGAGCGAUAUGCUAUGAAUUUCCUGGAGGCCUCACUUGAAGAUAUUUGCAAAGAAGAACUCAAACAGGCAGAGGAGCAAGUUGAAGCUGCAAGGAAAGGACUAGAUCAGGCAAAGGAGGAGGGCCUAAAACUGCAUCAGUCAUCUGAUAAUGAUGAAGAGGACUCCAUGCCUCCCACUCCUGAAGAGCACCUUACAACUCGCCGCACACGCAAACAUAAGGAGAAAGGUGCCCCUUCUACACGUGUCAGUGGUAGGCUUAGAGGGACACCGGCUAAUAUGGAUGAUGUGUCCAUAACACAUCCAUCACCAGACAAGGAGAGAGGGAAGAAAGUGGAGACCCUGGUCCCUGAACCUGGUGGGAGCCGCUCUUCUGGAUCAAGCUCCAGCCUGAAGUCCCCCCAGCCCAGAGAAGUGCCUGAAAGAAUAAGAAGUGGUCUACGGGGGAGAGGGGCAAUCAAAGAGCUUGUGGCCUCUCCAGCACCAACGAAGGAAGAACCUGUGAAGCCACAAACUGAUCAGGAUGCCUCUGAUUCAGAAGCUCAACAUUCAACUCAAGAUUUAGUGUUGAAGACCAAACCUGCUCCAUCCCCACUUCAACAGCCCCUUUCUCCUUCAGAAUCUGUGCCUUCAGAUGCGGCCCCUCCAUCAUUAGAGAGAGGCUCCACUGGACACCUUUCUGUAGCGACACCAGUUCAAAAAGAAGAAGAGGAAGAGUCUGUUGCAGAGUCACAGUCUGGGACUCCUCAGCAGGAUACAAUCGAGAGAGAGAGGGGGGCAUCUAUAUCGUCAGACUCCAUCUGCUCCCCAGAACAGCUGCUGGAGCAGGAUGGUCAGCACUCACUGACUUCACACCCUCGUUCUCCGCGCAAACGUCAAACUGCUGACGGAGAAGUCCUUAAAGGCCUUCCAGAGGAUUCCCCAUCUGCAAAGGUCCUUAGGAAGCUUCCUGGACGCCUGGUUACUGUUGUUGAAGAGAAAGAACCAAGACGGAGAAGGAGGGGAGCAAGCGGGAGUGGAGGAAUACACACUGAAGGCUCAUCAGAAGAGGUAGAGCAGGUGGAGUCAGUACAAGAUACAACUUCUCACUCUCCUGAUCAAGCAAGUCAGCUUUUCAAAGAAAAGCCCCUUCCUAAGUCACCAUCCACAUCUCCUCCCCCAAUACAGCAAGGGCAGGAGCAGGUCUCCCCAUCAUCAUCACUCUCAAGCCCAGGGAGAGGGUACCAGCCUUACUCCCCCACGCAUUCACCAGACAUGCCUGUCCUUCGCAACUUACCAGUGCGCCGGCGCCUGGAGACAGAGUCUCGUAUGGCUGCUCAGUUAGGAGAGCAGUACGUGGGUAGAGGCAGAGGGAUAGACCGGCGCACUCCCCUGUCACCAAAGAAACAGGAAAGCACUACAAGUCCAACUGUUGCUUCUGAUCCCAAUGCAACCAAUCUUACGCCUGUGAAGCGCAAAAGAGGUCGACCUCGCAAGGCCGCACCUAAGCCACAAGAAACCACAGAACAAGAGAAAUCAGUGGUACAGGGAUCAAGGAGUGAGGAACAAAGUCCACCACACUCACCGAAACGAAAGAGGGGUCGCCCUCGCAAGAAUUCAACUGUAAAUAUUGCACUCAGUGGUAAAUCUGGUGAUGCAGAAGAGCGUCCUACAACAUUACAUGAAAGCCCUUCCCAGGAAAGCCUUUCCGCUCUAAACAUUAGUUCUCCUGUUUCUAGUGUUGAACCUGUAAAUUUGCACUCUGUUCCUGAGUGUGCAGGAGGAAGCUCUGCAUUAUCUGACUCCACCCCACCACAAAAAACUGUAUCUGAAACCUCUCAGUCCAAUGUACUAAUUUCUCCAGCUCAAACACUGGAUGAAUCCGAGAUAAAGCUAACAGACACUGAAUUGACACCUAAUAAUGAACACUCCACCCUGAAAACCACAAUUCCACACUCUGACUCUUUAAACACUCUAAGCCAACCAGAAGUCAUUCCUACAGCUAACAUCAGUCAGACCAAUAUAACACCUUCACUACAGCCUGUUGCUACAACAAGUGACAGUUCUAGCUGUCAAAGCAGUCAAGUCACUAUUUCUCCUUCACAACCGGCAGCUGUGACAAGCAAUGAUUCUACUCCCCAGCAGUUGUUAAAAUCUAGUUUGAGUGGACCAGAAGUCUUAGCUAUGUCUACUGAAUUGGUGGCACAGGCUUCCCCUGACAAUACAGUGACAGCCACAGACCCUGAACAAAUGUCUCCUAGUCCCACUACAAUCCUGCAGUCCUCACCCACGCCUUCACAGCCAUCACACGAGCUCUCAUCUGAACCAGCUGUGGCCAACAACUCUUCUCCGACAUUACCAGCAUCUGGCCUGACUGAGCCACCUGUUCCUCUAUCUGAUGUACCAGAAGUACCAGAUUCACUGCAUCCUAUGCUUAAUCCUAAUACUCCUCCUGAAGCCCAGAAUGAGCUUGAAAAAUCAGGUUCCAGCCUAACUUCAGAGUCUGUACCAUCCCCAGCAUUACCCAACCAAAUAACAACAGAACCUUCUCAUCAGCCCCUACUGGCUUCCACUGAGGAAAAGCCUGAAAAAUCAGGUUCCAGCCUAACUUCAGAGUCUGUACCAUCCCCAGCAUUACCCAACCAAAUAACAACAGAACCUUUCCAUCAGCCCUUACUGGCUUCCACUGAGGAAAAGCCUGAAAAAUCAGGUUUCAGCCUAACUUCAGAGUCUGUACCAUCCCCAGCAUUACCCAACCAAAUAACAACAGAACCUUCUCAUCAGCCCCUACUGGCUUCCACUGAGGACAAGUCUGAAAAAUUAGGGUCCAGCCUCACUUCAGAGUCUGUACCAUCCCCAGCAUUACCCAACCUAAUAACAGAACCUCCUCAUCAGCCCUUACAGGCUUCCAUUGAGGAAACCACACACAAUGCUCACUCACCUGCAAAGCAGUGUGAAACUAAAAAUCUGCAGGCCUCAAAUGCAUCCGAGGUGGACGAAAAGAUGGAAAGUACAGAGGAUAUGGAAGUAGGACCCUCUGAAAAUUCUGAGCAAGUAGACAGUGAUGGUUCCCAGGUUCUGGCUAAAAGGAGAAGAUUGGAUAAUAUGUCAGAUGGUCAAAUAUCUGAUUCAAGAUUACCUGCACCUUCAAUCUCAGAAGCAAUGAUGCAAACUGCCUCUGAGAGUGACGGGACUGAUAAACCUGUAGAAGAGGAGCGUCAGGCAGAAGAGCAAGAAAACCGAACACCAUGCAGGAAAAGAAGCAUAAGAAGACAAAGCAGUCAAGAAUCUGUCCGGUCCUCCUCUCCGUCCUCCAUUUCUUCUUGUGGCACUCGGUCAUCCCGUUCAAAAAGGGCAGGAGAGAGUAAGAUACCUGUAAAGAGAAAACGAGAGACAGACUCUGAGAAAGACAGUACAGACAGAGGAACUGAUAAGGAACCAAUGACACCUGCCAGGAGGCAGUCUUCCAACUCCUCCCAGUCGUCCUCAGAUUCUGAGGACUCCUCCAGCCCCAAAAGACGCUUUACUCGAUCACAAAAAAGUUUGGAGAAGGAAACCAGGGGUGACAAAGGUGAUAAGAGAAGAAAAAGGCGGUCAGAUAAAAACAGUCUUAAGGCAAACGUAGAAGGGGAGUCCAGAGGAGCAACUCCUGUAAGGGUAACUCGUAAAUCCACAGGGCUCCAGCCUGCUUCACAGAGUACUAUAACCACACCUGAGCCUGAGGUAUUAGGCAAACGAUGCUCAGCUCUAAAUGCUGCUGCUAAGCUCUUGGCUAUGAGAGGAAGGGCCGCAGAUACCCCAAGUCCAAAGAGUAAAGCAAUUGGACAGCAGUCUCCUACUGAAAAAAGCAGCAAGUCUUUGGGCAACUCGGGACAGGACUCUCCAAAGACAAAUUUAGUUAGUAAAACAGCUAGUGGCCAGCAAACCCCAACUCAUUCAUCAGAUUCUUCACAGUCCACCACUAAAACAACUCCCUCUGUUGCCCGCUCUACACGGCAGCGUCCAGGCAACCUUGUACCUCCGUUGGAAACUGAAAUUAAAAAGCCCAAAAGAGAGGAAAAGAAAAAAACUGACACCAAGGAAGAAGUUGAGGAUGAGCGCAGAGAGACUAGGUCUUCAAGAGGCCACAGUGCCUGUAGUAGUAUAAGCAGUGGAAGAGGUGCAGGCAGCAGCAGGAGCCGGAGCAGCAGCAACAGCAGUCAGUGCACUCGCAGCCUAAGCUCACGAAGUACUGGACCACCACGCUUACGUUCAAGAGCUCCUUCCUCUGGCAGUGACACGGAGAAAGAAAAAAGCAAGCAAAGAAAGACAGGAGAAAGUAGAGGUCGUGAAAGUAGGAGAGAAAGACGCUCACAGAAGCACGAGAGACCAGAGCUAAGUGCUGGAUCUAGUGAGGGAACACCUGACAGAGUGCUGCGGAGUGUAGCUGCACUCGCAGCAGCUCAGGCACGUACUCCAGCUAGCAACACCCGCUCCUCCACCACCCAGCAACGCAAGACUUGAUCAGAACAAGAAUUGGACCGGAAAGCUGGUAGAAAUAAUGAACUGCAGUGACGAGAAAAGGUUUUACGGGUUUGGACAAAUGGGGAUCAAUCGUAUAACUUGCCAUUCUUUAACACUGUUGGUGUGUUGCACUUUGUGACAAGCUGAACUCACUUCUAGUGCAUUCUAACUAUGUCAAGUUAAGCCAUCUUUAGAGCGGAGAGGGAGCAUAAAUAAAUACACAACAGAAAUGGGACAAAAAGGGUACCCGUUAAAAUGUGGCAUUGCAGUCCCGGUGAUGUUCUUAUAGACAAUACCUCACCAUACCACCAAGGACUUUGGAAAGCUGGGCAAGGGGCAAAGUUAUUAGUUCACACUAUGUACUGUAAUCAUUUAAAGACUGGAAUACUAAAAAUAUGUGUUAAAAUGGGUCACUUAGGUUGUACCCUUUAUACAGAGUUUACUUGUGCUGCAGAGGGGAUUGCGAAAAAUCAUUUAUGCUACAUUCAAAAAAUUGAGUGGGACUGUACAAUUGUUAUACCGUUUUUAAACAGUUGGGUUGUGACAAAAAUGUUUGCCAGCUGUUGACUAUUGUUUGUUUCAAGUCUGUUGAUAAAUUAAGAAUAUUCUGUGGUUUCUUCCAGGGUAUGAAGAAGAGAGCAGGUCUGUAAAUGUGAGUUUUGCUGCACUAUGCUGGAGUUAGUCUUUACUCAGACCUCCUUGUCUUGUAAUUUGUUCUGUCCAUUACUUUUAAGUCCAGCCUGCAUAUUAUUUCUCCAUUUGCACAUCUCACAUAAUGUCCCAUUGUGAUAGGUUUUUAAUUCCUUUCAAUCAAAUGACUUCUCUACUGGUACCUCACAAUGUGUAUGUACAGCUCUUGAGCUUGUGAUGAAUCUUGAAGUCUGCUUGUUGUUUGCUUUUUGGCAAUACAGAUAUGAGGCAACCUCAUUUUUUUCACCUUUUCCAAAGUAUUAGUCGAUAUGGUCUACUUCUCAUUGUUUCUGGUUUUUUUUUGUCAGACAGUCUCAAACAGUGUGACAAAGUGAGAGUGCCUGUUGAUCCACAUGGAAGGGGGAUCCUUGUAUGCCUUGUUAAGGAAAGACGUUUGGGCUUCAAACAUUUUUAAUGUUCAAAGUGUAAUAAAGAUAUUUCCAUCCUAAACCACAUGAGGUGUAUUUUUCUUUUUUGUUGAAGUGCAACCAAAUUGAAAACACCUUACGUGUAAAUCGUUGUCACCCUUUUUUUGGUCCUUUUUAUGGCAAGACUAAAUGGAAAUACUCCUGCAACAACCUUCUAAUUUUUUUUUUCUUUUCAGCUGAACCUUGGCAGUAAGAUGCUGUCUUUGUCUCAUUUUGGGAGUAAAGACUUGUUUUGGGGGGUAGGGGUAAAACAUGGUGUUGGUCUUUUUUUUAUUUGGUUUGUCUCUUCUAAUUUUGUUACAUUCCUUAUGUUCCCUUGUAAUUCCACAUUGUUUUACUUGAAAGAUUGAAAUGACAAAAGUCAGUUGAAUAAAAAGACCAAAAAUAA